GGCCGAGUGUUCGUGGAAGGUUAAAUUCUAAUCGUUGCAACAAAUCAUUUAAGUGUGCGAAUCAAUUAUUUAAAGCCUGCGCGUGAAACGCGGGCCUAUUUUCCUGAGAAUAUGUUGUCAUCCAGUAAACGCAGUUUAUCCAAAGAGGACAUCAAAACCGCGGACAAAGAUGAGAAAGAAUCGUUAUUGGAGCAUGACAGUGAUCUUGAUGAGGAGAUGUUGUUCACCCGACCCAGUACAUCAAGUGGAAAUGAAAACAUUGAUAAUAAAAUGGAUACCGUCAAGCUGCAAAUACAGGAGGUGGCGGACGUGAUGCGGGAUAAUGUUCAAAAAGUAAUAGAUCGCGGCGAGAGACUGGAGGAUUUACAGCAAGCGAGCGAUCGUCUCAAUAUGGCCGGAAACGAAUUUAGAGAAGCUGCGAAGAGAGCACAACGGAGAGCAUGGCUCCAGAAUGUGAAAUCGAGGAUCAUCAUUAUCAGCAUUACUGUGACGAUCGUACUUUUCAUUGUUGUUUUGGACAUCAUGGUACUUUACCUGGUUCUCAGAUAACGAGUGUAAUGUUUCGAACUUCGAUCAUUCAAAUUAAGGAUCUAUCAUUGUGAGAUUCGUCUGACUGAGAAAUCACCAAUAUAUUGUACAUGUUGUACAUUAAGAUUUUCUUCCC